CAAAUCUUGAAAAUACAUUCAUUUGUACGUGAAAAUGCUGGAAAAAUAAUUUCUCCAUCAAACAAAUCAACUGAUUCUCAAUUAUCGUCUGAAUUUAGUCAUUUUAAUCAAUAUUUAUAUUUUCUCUAUGCACCUACAUUAGUUUUUCGAGAUGUUUAUCCUCGAACAUCGACUAUUCGAUGGAAUAUUGUUUUUCAAAUGUUUGGUCAAGUUCUAAUUGGUACCAUUCUACUUUAUCAUGUUAUCGCAUAUUAUUGGAUGCCAGUGUUUGCUCGAUGUUUUACAGAUACUAAACUAACAUAUCCAUCUGUAAUAACAUCUAUAUUUGAUUUAAUGCUUCCAGGAGUUCUGUUUUUUGUAAUCGGUUUUUAUGGUUUUUUUCAUUGUUGGUUGAAUGGAUUUGCAGAAUUACUUCGGUUUGCUGAUCGAACAUUUUAUCAGGAUUGGUGGAAUGCAACAUCAUCUGGAACAUUUUGGCGAUCAUGGAAUAUUGUUGUACAUGAUUGGCUUCAUGUUUAUGUUUAUAAAGAUCUUAUCAAAUUAUUCUCCGGUAAUAAAAAAUUAUCAGCAAUUUGUGUAGUCAUUUUUUCAGCUAUACUUCAUGAAUAUUGUAUGAGUAUUGUAUUUGGAUUUUGCUCUGUAAUAUUCAUUGUUUGGUUUGGUUUAGUUGGAAUGUUCCUUCGUAUUGUUUUUCCACAUUCAAAGGGAACACUAUGGAAUAUUAUAAUAUUAACAAUGACACCAAUAUCUCUGGCAGUCGUUCCAUAUUUUUAUGCUCUUGAAAUAUCUGCUCGACAUUUCCCUUCGAAUCGUGUAAGUUAGAGAUAUGAUUUUAUACAAUGAUAAUGAAAUAUAUAUUUCUAUAGGCAACAUUCUGGGAUGUAAUGUUUAAGUAUGGUAAUCAGUCAAAAGCUGAUUUAUGAAAAAUACAAACCAUGCAAAAUUGAAUUCAUUACAAAUUAUUUUGAAAGAAAAUCGAUUGUUUUUUAUUUUAAUAUUGAUAAAGAAAUAAAUACAUUAUAAUAAUAAAAGAAUCAAAUUCUUUUUAAGUAUAAUUGUUUUACCAAAGAACUAAAUUUGAAUAUAAGAUCAUUGUCUCAAAUUAUGAUAGUGGUAUGUGGUUGAUAAAACUAACCUGAACGGAAAUCGUGGAUUUCGAUAAACAAAAAUGAAAAGAGUGACUUCAUUUUCGAACAUAUCCUUUUGAGUUAUGUUAAUUGUUAUACUUACUUUGCUUUCUAUUCGAUGCUUUUGAUAAAUGAAUUAUGGAAUCUUUUGCUCAGAUGUUCAAUUUUUUCUCUGGAUUUAUUGUCGAUGAUACAGCUAUUUAACUACAAAGUCUUGAGAAGUUAUGCAAAACUAAAACAGUCGUAUUUGUUCAACAGUAUUGAACACAGGAUCGUUCUAAGUUCAACUUCAAUUCAUACUGCUUACUUUAUGAUUUCGUAUUAUUAGAGAAAAAAUUUUCUGGUCCAGUACAAUCGGAUAGGACCCUUUGUUCCAUCAUUAUCGCAAAGAACGUCUCAUUGUUUUACUAUUAUCAUGGAGAUUCUUUUAUCGUUCAAAGCUCUACGACUAUCAUACAAAACGUUUUCUAGCUCAGUCACACUGAGGAGAAACUCUUAGAGUUUUAAUAUUGUUAUAGACCAUAUCACCUUAGCUUUGCAAACGCUUCACGCUCACAAUAUAGUUCUUCAAAAGCUCUCUUUUUUAAAAGCACCAUCAUCCCUCUCACCAAAUACCAAAAAUUCUAAACAACCAUUAUCAUCACAACAUGGAUUAAGUUUGAAAACAAGCAGCUUUAUUUAAUUUUUCUGUCAAAAUUAUAUCACAAAAAAGAAAUACUCAUAUCAUUAUCACCAGUAAUUUAUUCAUUAUCUAAAUACAUUCAACAUAACCAUUCAUGGUUUUAUUCCCCUUUCAUUUCGUUUAAGUAAGUCAUCGAUUACAUGAACUGCAUCAGUCUCGAUUGCAUUCUUCCAUACUACUAAUAUGGUGAGCGCCUAAAUAAAAUAAUGAACACAAAGACAUAGUACAGAGAAAGAUAAACUAUAGGGUUACUGUAUUGUGUUGUAACGCAUCAAUCAAAUAUUGUGCUCCAACCGCUCCGAUUUCAUUAUUCUGCAGGUAUAGUGUUGUAAGUGUCUAGAUCAAAACGUAGAGGUAAAGACUUGGCACAAAUAAAGAGUGAAAAAGAGUUACUGUGUUGUGUCGUAAUGCAUUAGCCAAAGAUUGUGCUCCAAUAUCUCUUAUUCGAUUAUAUCCAAGAUGUAGUGUGACGAGCGUCUAGAUGAAAAGGUGGAGUUAAGACAUGGUACAGAUAAGGAGAGAAUGAGAGUUACCGU